AUGGUAAUGAGACUGGAAUAUGAUGAUGCUAGAGAUCUCAGAGAUAUGGUGAUGCCUGUAAGUACGCUAGUGGCGGUGACGGCUGUGAGAGGGUCGACUGCUAAACUACCUUGUAUGAUAAACUCUACCAACCCCGAGGAGCCCGUACUACUGGUGCUGUGGUACAAGAACGCCUCCGUCACCCCCGUCUACAGCUACGACUCGCGGGGUCGUGACGGCAAUAUGGGUGCUGCAGGUCGUCCUCAACAGUGGGGAACAGAGGAGGCGUGGGGCGUGGAACAGAGGGUGUGGUUCGACACAUCCACCACGCCUGCCCACCUGCUGGUGAGCGACGUGCGUGGGAGGGACGAAGGCAGCUACAGGUGCAAAGUGCACUUCAAGGGCUCGCCUUCCUGGUCCCAGAAGAUCAACCUGAAUAUCGAUGAUCCACCAGGGUUUCCCAGAAUCCAGGAUGAAUCCGGAGGACGACUGGAAGGUCCCAUCGGCCCCUACGAGGAUGGCACUACUAUCAGGAUGAUGUGCCUCAGCUCGGGAGGACCCAACUAUCUUAACUGUCAAGGCUAG